ACUUUUCUCCACUACAUGGAAGAUGCGUAUACACCAAGACAAAACCACCAUCAUUGUUUUGUUUUGUAUUCAUCACUUCCUGAUCUACUUAUCCAACUUGAUCCACAGUUUCAGAUCAGUUCUUGAUCUCUCAACAAGUAUCCAGACAUGGGCAGCAGAGAAAGCAUAGAAGGAGGAGAGUUAGCAAGUCCUCUGCUUGACGUGGCUGGCGGCCGGAACAGCGGUGGUGAUGACGUUGGUGGAAGUAGUAGAAGUGGGACUGGAAGUGGAAGUGAAAAUUCUUCAGCCACAAGUAUGGUUGUACUCAGCACCUUGGUUGCUGUGUCUGGUUCCUAUGUUUUUGGCUCUGCGGUGGGAUACUCCUCACCUGCUCGGUCAGGAAUCAUGGAUGAUUUGGGCCUCUCUGUUGCUGAGUACUCGGUUUUCGGUUCAAUAUUGACAAUUGGAGCAAUGAUAGGCGCAGUAGUGAGUGGGAAAAUGGCAGAUUACAUAGGUAGAAGAGGUACUAUGGGAUUUUCACAGAUAGUCUGCAUAUUUGGAUGGCUAGCCAUAGCUCUCUCUAAGGUUGCUUGGUGGGCUGAUCUUGGAAGACUAUUGGUGCCUAUAUACAUAGCAGAAAUAACACCAAAGAAUCUGCGGGGAGGAUUUACGACAGUUCAUCAGUUGAUGAUAUGUUGUGGUGUUUCACUAACAUAUCUUAUUGGGGCUUUUGUGAACUGGCGAGCUUUGGCACUGAUCGGAACUAUUCCUUGUGUUGUACAGAUUUUAGGUCUCUUCUUCAUUCCAGAGUCUCCUAGAUGGCUGGCAAAAAUAGGUAAAGAGAAAGAGGGGGAAGCAGCUCUUCAGCACCUGAGGGGGAAGAAUGCUGAUACUUCUGGAGAAGCAGCUGAGAUUAGAGAUUAUACAAAAACUCUGAAGCUUCUCUCAGAAGCAAGCAUUCUUGACUUAUUUCAGUGGAGAUAUGCUCAUUCCCUCCUUGUCGGAGUUGGCCUGAUGGUACUUCAACAAUUUGGAGGGGUUAAUGGCAUUGCCUUCUAUGCAAGUACCAUAUUCAUUUCAGCUGGGUUCUCUGAUAGUAUAGGGACUAUAGCUAUGGUUGCUGUUCAGAUUCCGAUGACAGCUUUGGGUGUAGUUUUAAUGGACAAAUCUGGAAGACGUCCACUUCUUCUGGUAUCUUCAGCAGGAACAUGCUUAGGUUGCCUCUUUGUGGGAUUGUCAUUCUUGUUGAAGGACCUUCAAGGAUGGAGUCAGGUCACCCCCAUAUUCGCUCUUGUUGGCAUACUGGUAUAUACAGGAUCAUUCUCAUUAGGCAUGGGAGGAAUUCCUUGGGUUAUAAUGUCGGAGAUAUUUCCUAUAAACAUGAAAGGCUCGGCCGGAAGCCUGGUGACAUUGGUUAGCUGGUUAGGUUCUUGGAUUGUGUCAUAUGCAUUUAAUUUCCUAAUGGAUUGGAAUUCAGCAGGGACAUUCUUCAUGUUUUCAAGCAUAUGUGGAGUAACUGUUUUAUUUGUUGCAAAGCUUGUACCGGAGACAAAGGGGCGAACACUUGAAGAAAUACAGGCCUCUAUGAAUCCGUUUUCUGUAAAGCGAUAAAUGGUAAGUCCCUUGAUCAUGAUGACAUUCUCUUGAUACAGUGAGCUGUCUUUGCCAUCAAAUGUCCAGUGACUGCUUUUAGAUAAUUGUUGUAGUAUAUAUGAAUCAUGUUGUAGUAUAAAUGUCUAUAUCAUGUAAUAGGUACUUCUUGAGUGUAUAGAUAUGGUACUUGAGUGUAUAAUGUAGGUAUAGAGACUUGUGUGACAUACUUUAUGCCAAAGGGCAACAAACAUGGCAAUUGUGAUCAUUGCAGCCACCAUGUGGAGCUGCAGCCCUCAAUCAACCAAGAGAAGAAUGUUACCGAAUUGGUUUUCUCUUUGAGUAUUCACACUACAAAUGUACUCAUAUAAAUACACCCCUUUAGGAGAUGAAUAACAUACUUGAAUCUUCAUUCUCUCUGCA